AGGAAAUACAUGUAGUGGCAGUCCAAAUAUUUUUAUGUAUAAAAAUCCUCCAUGUUUGCUGUUAUGUAUGUACAUAUUGAACAACUACAGUAAUGUUUUUUAUCAGGAAAAUGAGUAACCAGUUAAGGGCUUCAGAGCUUUUGCGCCAGGCAGCAAAUCUUUUGGUUUCGGAAAAUUCAUCAACUACUUGUUCUGAAUCACAAUCAACUCCAUCAGUGACAGCAGCAACAUCUAUUGGUUCAACAACAGUUAACAGAAACCACUCUGCAGAGCUUCGUGCUGCCACUAGGGCACUGUUUGCCCCUUACAACAGAGGGACCCGCAGGCGAGGAAAUGCAACAGGGCCACCAGUAACAUAUUGGACUCAUAGAUUUUGUCUAUUGUCAAAGUGUUUGCAGGAUACAGUUCCUUCACGGGAAGAAAAAGACCUUCUGUUUCAGGCAGGUGUUGGUGAGAAGAAAUUGACCAUCAUCAAAUAG